CAAAAUUGGUCUUCUAGCAUUAGCCUCGUCUCUAAAAUCUAACAUCUUCUUCUACUCCUAAUCCAACAAUUGUUUAUGUAUAUUCCCAAUUAUACCCCUCUAUUACUUUGCUUAUUACGGAAAAGGAGUUCAAAGAGCAGAAGAAGAAAACUCGUAUAUCCCAAAUCUCCAACUUUUCAGGGGAAUGAUGAUGUACUGUCCCAACCUCACGGCUUCUCUAACAAUCCCUUCAUAUUUACCAUUUUGCCACUACACUAGACAAUUUCGUCCUUCUCAUUUCCGAUCAUCUGAUAAAAACCCGAAUCUCGUUUCUAUCAUCCGAGCAAAACCCAGAAUUUCUCAUUCGCUUAGGUGCUUUGUAUCAUCUUCAAUGGCGACUCCUCCUCCGACGCAGAGCAGCGAAACCAAACCUUACUCUGUUCUUUUUGUCUGUCUCGGAAACAUUUGUCGCAGCCCAGCGGCUGAAGGUGUCUUUAGAGAUAUCGUGAAGAAGAGAGGUCUCGAUUCCAAAUUCAACAUUGAUUCCGCUGGAACAAUUGAUUAUCACGAGGGGAAUAUGGCGGAUCCAAGAAUGAGAAGUGCUGCGAAACGUCGCGGGAUUGAGAUAACAUCACUAUCCAGACCGAUCAAGGCAUCUGAUUUCAGAGAAUUUGAUCUCAUUCUUGCAAUGGAUGACCAGAACAAAGAGGAUAUAUUGAAGGCUUAUAAUGUGUGGAAAGCCAGAGGGAAUUUCCCGCCCGAUGCAGAUAAGAAGGUUAAGCUAAUGUGUUCUUAUUGCAAGAAACACAAUGACAAGUUUGUUCCUGAUCCAUAUUAUGGUGGAGCCCAAGGUUUUGAGAAGGUACUGGACUUGCUUGAAGAUGCUUGUGAGUCUUUGCUGGAUAGUAUCACUGCGCAAAGUUGAUGAUACUACAAGUACAAAGUCCCAAUCCUAGAACCUUUGUUGUUUUUGCACAUAGAACUGAAAAGUUCUCUUAUUAUAUUUAAGUGUCAUCAGUGAUGACAAUAGAGUGAGAACUGAUGUGAAGCUUGGAUCUUGAUCUUGUUGGUGUUUUCCUUGAAAAACCCUUUGUUAAAUGAUCUACUGAUGGAUCAUUAUUAUUGAGAUUGAUAGCUUCAGUGAUGUCAAUAGUUUGUGAGGAAUGAUCUUCCUGAUUCUUAAGAAUCAUAGAGAGUGGCACUCUUUACACGCUUGAAUAAUACGAAUUCUUUUGUUCGAUCAUUAUUAUUAGGAAAGAAAUAGAUUUAAAAAAAAAAGAAUGUGUGGACGUGAAGUGUUGUUGUUUGAGAUGAUAACAGAAUAUUUUCUCUUAUC